UGGCCGGCCGGUGCUUCCCGCGCACUCUCGGAGCGCUGGGUUUCAAAUCCUCUCUGGGCAGUUUGUGCUUGUUCCGGUCCCCGCCGGAAUGGAUCGCGUCUUGAAUGAUUUUAAAAAAGACUAUAGAGCAAGAUUCUGUCAUGGAGGACGAAAUAAGAUUGAUGUACAGCAAGGCCAAAAUGUAUUGGAACUCAUACAGGAUUGUUUUGAAAGUUGUGGCAGUGAUCUUACAAUAAGUUCUCCAAGUGCAGGCCACUGCUUGAGUCCUGUUGUCAGAAAUGAGAAGAGAACUUCAACACAGAGCCAAGGGGCAAAGGCAGGCAAAAACUCUGUGAAAAGAGCCUGUAGUUCUGCAGAGCCCUUACCUAUAUCACCACUAAAACCGGUCAGCAGCAGAGGAUGGUCACACGAAACAUGCCUGAAGCCUGCAAUAUUUGAUUACGUAGAUGAUUCUGAAAAAACAAAGUCUCCUGUGUCUAAAGGGAAAACAAAUAAUACAUUAAAAGACGUUGAUGCACUGUGCAGAAGUCCUACCGUAUCUUUGGACUCAGAGGAUGAUCACAGGUCUGUUGGAUCACCUAUACUUGUGGAAGAAGCAAAAAUUUCUGCUGUACAUACAUUACAUUUUGAUGACCAAAAUAAUCCUGCAGUAAAGAGCCAUAUGGACAUUGAAAAAUUGGAAGGGCCUCAGACUGGGAGAGAUGAGCAGGUUGUUGUGCAAACAGAUCAUACCGCUACUUCCGUACAGAAAGACGAGUCUGUAGCAAAAGGAACCCUUGGAAAAAGGUGUUCAUCCUCAUUACUGUUGCCUUCAGCACCUCCUGUGAAAGAUCAAGAUACAGAAAUAGAAUAUGAGUGUGAAUUUUUAAUUGAUGAAUCAGAUGAAUCUUUUAAUUCUUGGCUUUCAAUACCCCAUAAGAAGAAAAAAUCAAAAAAAGAUGACUCAGCAGCUCCUGUUUCUAAAUCUAAACCCCCAAGAAAGAAGAACACUGAGAGUACGAGAGGCAAGAAUAGAAAAGCACAGGCUGAAGCACUUACUAAACGGAAAAUGGAUGAUUUGGAUGUUGGAGUACAUGACUGUAAAGGAACAUCAGAAUUAAAUGCAGUCUCUAACAGUGAAGGAAAAGACCGUAGGUCUAAAAGACAAAGCAGUAUUCAGAUGAGAAAGACUAAAAAGGGUGCACUUAGACAAGGCUCUCCAAACAAGGAGAAGGACGUAUCCUGGAAACCAGAAGCUGAAGAACUUAUGUUGUCAUGGUCUGGAUUGGAAACAAAAGCACCUGAUGCAGAACAGUGUAAAACAAGGGUGAUUCCAAGUAUGGAUUUGCCUAUGUACUUAACUGGGCAUCAGCAAGAGCCAGCUGUGUCUCCAAAUAAGAAUCGCAAGUCUUCCAAGUGUCCACAGUCGUCUUCAAAAGCUUCCCAGCCUUUAGUUCACAAGAGAAAAUCUUCUAAGCAGAAACCUCCAAAAGGUAAAGUAGCCAAGAGACUGGCAGAAAGUCCAGAGAAGCAGCUUAAAAAGUCUGUCGAGAAAGGUAGUAAUAAGAAGUCUCAGCUACAAAAUGAGGAGAUAUCUGAUAGUCAACUUGGUGAAGAAGGAGUUGAAAGAGAGCCUGUAGAGUUGAAUGAAGUGCAUCAGAAAUUCCAGACUUCUGUGAUUCAGAAGUUGGAUAAGUCUGAAAAGCCAAAAAAUGUAUUGGGCACAUUAGAGUCACUUGGUGGUGCAAAUAACAGAACUCCUGAAAAAGCACAGCAGCAUCGCGUGCACCGUGUGAAGAAUACUGGAAAGAAACAAUCAUCAGCUACAUCCUCAAGGAAGAUACCCAAAAAGAUUAAUCUCAGAACCAGUAAAGGUGUUUGCUCAAACCCCAAGGACACUGAGUGUCAAGCAGACUCUGACAGCUCUACUGUGCAAGAUACGGCAAGAAAAAGACAGAAGUUAUCAGAUGUGAAAAUGAGCAAAAGACAAUGUAACAUGCAGCAUGGACUAGAAGAUUACUUCCCAGUUGAGAAGGUCACCGGUCGUGAAAGUGGACCUGUUCUAGGAUAUUGUGAUAAACCUGUUUCCGGAAGUGAAGAGGGUAAUGUAUCUUCAGAUAGUUCUGAAGACCUCGAUUAUCAAUUAAGAUAUCUGUUGUUAGACAACACAGCAAAACAUAAAAUAGUAAUGCCUUCCAACACACCUAAUGUUCGGCGGACAAAAAGGAUACGACUAAGACCUCUGGAAUAUUGGAGAGGCGAGCGUGUAAACUAUGUGAUGAGGCCUUCAGGAGAGCUUGUGAUUAGUGGAAUAGCAUGCCCACAAACAGAACCUCACAGGGACAUUAAACAGAGGAAGGAUGGUCACAGGAAGAAAAGAGAUGAAACAAGACAUGAGAUACCUAUAGAUUUUUAUCACAGCCUAGGUGAUGCUUCUAAGCCAAGUGUUGUACUGGACCCAAAAACAAAUCGGGAAAUACUUCUAGCAUGUAUUAACACUGAAAACAUGGACUCAUUCUUCAACGAUGAAUCAGUAGAAAUAUAUAAAAAUUUGAAUACAUCUGCUUUUGCCAUUGGUAGAUUGGUUUUGAAACCACUGAAAGAAAAGGGACACCAGUUUGUCUACAUGGAUACAUUAGCUUUCUAUGUUAUCCGUGGCAAAAUUAUUCUUACUUUACAUGAGACAUCGUAUUAUCUAACUACAGGAGACUACUUCUAUGUUCCAGAAGGAAAUGGAUAUAACUUACGUAAUCUUCUGAAUGAAGAAAGCAUUCUUCUCUAUACACAACUCAAAAAAGACCCAUGAAGAACUUUCGGCAGAAAACUUUGCUGGAAUACUUUUCAAACUGUUGUACGUUUUGCACACAAAAAUUGUUUGAGUGUGCCCAACUUAACAUUACAAAUUAAUACAAAGUAGCUGAAAUCAAUGUAAGAAGAGUUAAGGACAAAACUAAAAGAACCUUGUUUGUCUGCUGUUAAACUGAAGUGACAUACCACAGACCGUCACUCUGCAUUGGUUUUAUUGUUCUUGUGUUGUCUAAAGACAGAAAGAUAUAUGUAUAAAAUCUGUGGGUAGAGCACAAUGCCGUUCCAAGUUGUAUUUAUAUACCCAGUCUCCCUAAAGGUGUUUAGCACUUGAAAAAAAGUUGAUGUUUUCAGCUAAUGAGAUGGUCUUAAUGGCUGCCUGGUACAAACUGCUUAGAGUAAUCUGCAUUUAAAUGUAAGACAAUGCGCUUCACAUUCCAUUAAUUGUUGUCUUGGAGAUGGGCUGCUGGAAUCCUUGCCUGUGGUCAGACCUUCUUCUAAUAUGUUAAUGACAGGUGUUUCUUAUGUGUCUAGCAGAUGUAUAGAUAGUGCCUCAAAUUCAAAUUGUAAAAUGGCAGCUCUUAAGUAGGAGUUUAUUGGUUCUAUCUUUUGUAUGGAAGCUAUGACUUGAUUAGCUCUGCACACUGUGGAUAGCUUUAUUUUCUGUGGCAGCCAUAGGUCAUUGCCAAAUAUUUUACUUUAAUAUCUCCUUUUGUUUUGCUUGCUGUGUUCCUAGAUAAUAAUUAGGACCUUUGGGAAAACUGUAAUUAUACUGUAUACUCCAGAAGCCAAGUCUAGACAGCAGAUGGUAUACAUAGUGUUUGUCUCCCAUGCUCUUCAAGAUUCCUUCUGGUGAAGAUUAGUAUAAGCUACAGCUAUUCUGUUAGGGCGCUUUUUUCUGUGAUCACUGCUGUGCUAGAAGAGAAGGAGGUAGGGGAAAACCGAAUUAGAAUCAUAAACUUUAAGGACCUGAGGAGUGAGUAUUGGCCUUGUAAACAGUCUGUGCCGUGAUCUUUAUGAGAAAUUUAUGGUAUAUGUUGAAGUAGGAAAGGCGAAUUUGCUUCAGUGCUUCCAUUAAGCUUACAGCUGCCAGCUAACUUUGUGUAUCUGUGAGAGGGCUUGGACACCAAGAUUUCUGUGCCUCUGUGAAAGACCCUUUAGAUUGGGGAGUUUGGGUUAGUACUUUUUUGUUGUUGUCUUUCAAGCAGUGAUUCCUGUGAUUAGUGCAUAUAUAGACUGACAGUUGAAAUAGUAGAAGUUAUGUGGCAUCUUCGCAUUCAUGAGUGGAUCAUAAUUAACUCUGAGAAGAUGAAACAAAGGAACAUGCCUGUUGCUGUUAUAGUUCUUCCUCUCUCUUGAUACCAACUAUUUGCUGUUAAAGUUCAGACUGCAUAGAAAGAGCUUUAUUUUUCCUUUUUCCUAGCCUCAACUUUUGUAAGCCGUUUGAGUUAAGCAAGAAAGUAAUUUCAUUACAGCCCAUAAUUUGAUGUUGGCAGGUCUUCUAAAUUUUGGACUUGGAUUGGUCUCUUCAAAGUGAGCAAGAUUCAGAUAUUGUCCCUUCUUGUGCUGGAGACAUACCAGCUACCAGAUGGACACACAUGCUGCCUCCACUGCUUGAGGGGAUUUCAGCAACUAAAGCAUUUAGUUUGUAAAUCUUUGAGCCUCUCAGGCCUGCAGAAGUCUGGUAAUUUGCCACUGGAAAACAGUACAGGGCUAGCAUUAGACCCAAAAAGCUCAUUGGUUCCAGCCAAAAGUCAGAACAAGACUGCUUUUCAGUUGUGUUGAAGUCCAAGGAGUUAAGAAGGAAGAAACCCUGCAAAUUUGCUUCUGGCUUAUCUAUCUGCAGUUUGGGUAGCAGAAGGAUACUUAGUUAGGGAGUUAGCGAACAUGUGUGGACUAUGGACAUGUGUGGUUCAAGAGCAGGUUAAAGGUCAGCAUGCUAUGAAUACCCGCUUGUGUUUUCCUAAUUCUGUGGCUGGGAGGGUCAACGGAACAGAGUGGAUUUGGUGAAGUAUGUCACUUUUUAGGUUGGAUGGUUCUGUUACUUCCUGGCUUGUCAGUUUCUUGGGAGACAUGUAUAGUUUUCAGAGAACAUUUGUAGCUGGACUACAUCUGAAUAUGUACUUUACUUUUUUUUGAAGUAGCAAAAUAAAUUGUUCUAAGCCUGGUGGUGUAGCUAGGAUGUCGCUGUUGUUUAGUGACAGUCCUACUGUUUGUCACUAGGUGGUGCUGAAACCACAGCUGUUUGUCGUAGCUGUCAUCUAUGUUCAGUAGGGUUGGGUUUUUGAAAGGGAGAAAGGAGAGUAUGUCAGAGAUGGAGAUGAAAUCAGUUGAAUUCUGUUGCAAGGAGAUGUAAAUCAGUUUCUGUUGACAUUGGGACUUGGUACUAAACCUUGCUGAGUUUAUUCUGUUAGCAUGUAUGUUGUACUAGUUGCAGCUGCUUGCCUAAAGUUGUUUUAAUGCGCAGCAGGAGUUGAGCUAAGUUGUUCGCCAUUUGUCUGGGCUGCAUUUUAGAUUUUUUUUUCUUCAACUUAACACUUGUAAAUUAACAUGUCAUUAGCCUCAGGAUGUGCAUGAGAAUGUUCUGAGUUUCAGGACUCCUGUCGGUGCUGAGUUGUGCAGUGUGGCAAACAGGAAUCAGUUGUAGUCAGAAGCAGCUACUGAUGCUUCACUUCUACCUAGUCUUGGUUUGACUCCUGCUUCAUACAUAUUUGUGUACAUCAGGCUACUGGUGGGGUUUGGUGGGCUUAUUUUUUCCUUUACCUAACAGGAUAUUGCAAAGAAAGAAAAAAGCCUUCUCUGAAAUGUGAGAAGCCAGCAUUCUUCUUCCUGCAUAUGUGUGAUUCUUUUUUUAUCAGCAUGUUUUCUAUUCUUUUGUCUAAUCUAACUUCUACCACCUGCUGUGAUGGUUUCAAGUAGAUAUGCAGGAAGAUAUACUUGGUAAAAUGCUAAAGUAAUAGCCCACACAGUUCAUUUUGUGGACUGUAGUUUAAAUAAAUGUUGUUGGGGUUCUGUAAUGUUGUUUGCUUGUUGUAUCUUUUAAGUAAUUUUGUUCACUAAAACAGCUUUUACAUUAAGCUCAGGUGGCACAACUUUUUGCUUACACUAGAGUACAGAACAUUGCCUCUAGUAGUAGUAGAGAUCUGAGCCAGGUGUGUGCUAAGCUAAAGUUGUUUAGCCUCUGUUACCUGCCACAGAGUGAAGUUAGGAUUGUCAUCGUGAAAAAAACAUGGCCUUUUGUGUUGCCUGUGGGGUCCACCUACUGUCCCCAGAGGAUAUCACUGCUUUAGUAUAUUAAUUCAUUGCUUUUCAUCAGGAGUAAUUGAGUGAGCUGGAAACAAAAGCUGAGUCAUGUAUUUCAUUAGCUUCAUGUUAGUAGGUUCUAUGGUAGGUAUUGAAGUAACAACUAGAGGCUCAUUUUAAGGAGGUUAACUGAGAAUGUGCCACCACAGGUUUUUGAAGGCUUUGGCUCCCUUUGAGAAAUAGAUGACUUUACUGGUUAGUAGAUUCUUUUGAAAAUCUGUCUUUUUGUAGUUUCAUUUGGUUAGAAAGCUGUUCCUGUUUUACUGAACAAAGGUUUUUUUCAGUUUAAAGUGUCAGAAUAAUGGUUGUAAAACAGUCAGAUAUGUGCACAUCCAUAUUGAUACGAUUUUGUAAGCAUAAAAUAGAAUGCGAACUGAGUAAUUACAGAAGAAUAAACAGCACCAAUAAAACAAA